AUGCAGGCAGACUCCCUCCUCCACAGCGGCUAAUCCCCCCCCCUGCUCCGCUCCUGGCAGUCCACGGCAGCCACCUUCGAUGCCUCCAACCUCAUCUACCCCAUCUUUGUCACUGACAGCCCUGAUGCCGUGGAGCCGAUCCCCAGCCUCCCAGGACAGGCCAGGUAUGGAGUCAACAAGCUGGAGGGGAUGCUGCGUCCCCUCGUGGGGGACGGGCUGAGGUGUGUGCUCAUCUUCGGGGUGCCCAGCAAGGUCCACAAGGACGAGAGGGGCUCUGCUGCUGAUGCAGAGGACACGCCGGCCAUCCAGGCAGUCAGGAAGAUCCGCUCCACCUUCCCAGAGCUGCUCAUUGCCUGUGAUGUCUGCCUGUGCCCCUACACCUCCCACGGGCACUGCGGUGAGCGCACAGCCCGGGGUCCUGCGGCUCCGCGGGCAUUCCCCUGCCACGUCUCGGUGAUGAGCUACAGCGCCAAGUUUGCCUCGUGCUUCUAUGGUCCCUUCAGGGAUGCUGCACAGUCCAAACCUGCCUUCGACCUCCCGCCGGGCGCGCGGGGCCUGGCCAUGCGCGCCGUGGACCGGGACGUGCGUGAGGGAGCGGACAUGCUGAUGGUGAAGCCGGGGAUGCCCUACCUGGACCUUGUGAGGGAC